UAUAAAGGUGGGAUUAUGAGCAUUGGGAAUAGAGAACUGAUGUAUUCGGGACAUAAGAUGAGACAGAAGGUAAAAGGACAGAAAGAGAUAUCGAUUAAAGAGAAUAGGAUGAUAUAUGCAUUCCAGUCUUAUAAGCUUCUUGGUAGUGUGGUCAAGAUUAUACAUAUUAAUCAUAUGACUAUUAUGGGAGUACUUAAAACUAUAAAACCGUCUGUGCCACAGAAGUUUUGAGUUCAAAAUUGACUCAUCAAAUAUGGCAAUGACGGGACUGUUAAGUUUAAGAAGAAAGUGAGCAUAUCACCAAUAAACAUCAUCUCUUUCGAAGUGAUAAACAUCGAAAAAGACUUGCAAAGCAAUAAAUUGCGAGAGGAAGCCCCAAAGGCCAAAUCAAAUGGAGGUUAUAACAAAGAAACUGGGAGGGUGAAAAUGUUGCAAACCCGCCUUGAAGCUGAAAAGUCUAAAUUCAAAUCUUCACUCUCCAAAGAGCAAACAAAUGAAGAGACUCUGAAAUCUAGUUCAAACUUAACAAAACCGUUGAGUCCUUGAAAGACUUUUUCAGCACAGAAAUCUCCCCAAAAUUCUGACCAAAACCCAUCAGCUUCCCCUUCUCGAGUUCCACUGGCACCAUUAGUAAAAUCCAAGAAAAAGAAAGGCUCCAAGAAGAAACCUCAAGCCUCUCCUCAAGAACUAUCAAACACGAAAGAGGGAGAGCAGAAGAAAUGCAGCCAAAAUGAAGAAAAUAUCAAAAAUGAAGCCGAAAAGCAGCCGAUGGCUUUAAAUAGUGAGAAUAAGGAUGCCAAGAAUAUAACUGGGGAUAAAUUAUCCCAGAAAGUUGCCAUAGAGCAACAGGAUUCUAAUGAAGCUGGAUUGAUGAAAGAGGCGAUAGUGAGAAAGGUAACCAUGCCAGAUUCUGGUCUAAGUAGUUCUUGACAAAACAAGCAGGUGCCCACAACAACUCCUUCUAGAUCUCAAAGCUCAACAACCACUUUAAACAAGAACAGCACUCCUCCUGAAUCAACCCCUAGCCCCAACACAGCUGGCUCCAACAACCCCUCACUGAAUUUUGAGGAAGAAAAGACAGAUAGUGCUACCAGAAAAUCUUCAGUUAACAGAAAAAGACAUAAAAAUAACCUUAUGGAUUACUCAUCUGGAAAACCCCACAAUAAACUAGUCCUUGAGGGUCCCUCUACCUACUUCUCUAGAGUCAGGCGUAAGCCUAACCCUAUCAGCAUUUCUAGAAAUCCUCCGCCCAGGAGUUAUGCUACUGAAGAAGCUAAAGUAGAUCAACAAGUAGUCACACAGAGAUCUGGGAAAGAAGAGAUUGGAGAAAAGGAACAAGAGGAAAUUCAUGGAGAAAAAGAAGGGGAUCAGGUGGAGAGUUUAGAAGAAGAGGAGCAAGAAGGUCAAAAGGAGUUAGAAGAGAGGGAGAUUGAGAGCCAAAUAGAGAAACUGGAUAAGAGCUUGGUGGGGAAUGAAGUAGAGGUCCGAGAGGUGGAGCAAGAGAAGAAUGAAAAGGAAGACAAAGAAAGAAGAAAAGAGGAAAAGCAGAGAAAAGAGCAUGAGCAGAGGAAAGAGGAAAGAGCAAGAGAAGAGAAAAAGAAAGACCAAGAGCUAAAGCAAGCGAAAGAUGAAGAACAGGAUCAAAAUAAGAAUCAAGAGAUGAAGCAAGAGAAAGAUCAAGAACAGGUUCAAAAUCAAAAUCGAGAACAAAAUCAAGUAGAAGACCAAGUAGAGGAUCAAACCGCCCAUCAAAUUGAGUGCCAGAAAGCUCAAAAAGUAGAGCAUCAAGUAAAUAAUCAGAAAGAUGAUAAAGUAGAAGAACUGCCUUUUGAGAAAAAUGAGAAGUAUCUUGAUCUUGAUUCAGUUUUCAAUUAUGAGAACUUUUAUAACCCUUCUCAUAAGCAAAAUCUAUCUCAAUCCCGUGAAAGAAUGGAGUCGGCAAUGAAAUAAGGGCAAAUAUUUCCUUCCCAAUCUUAAUGUCUCAAACAACAAUCUCCCUAUCACACAAGAGAUGUGGGAGAACUACCAGUACUACUUCUGGCAGUGGGAGCACCAAAUGGAUCAUACAGAUUUUAAGAAUCCUUUAUUCGGUCUUGAUCCUAUGCGCUGAGCCCAUGCUCGCCAAUACACCAUUGACAGACUUCCUCCGCCCUUACUUUUCCAAUUUCCUAUGAUGCCAAAUUUAAUGUUUGGCUCUCCUUUUUAACUAAACUGAUUCAACCGUACA